GAAGAGGAGGAGAAACACUGUGACUUCAGAACUCAAAGAACAAAAGCCAAAAAGCUGCACACCUGCUCACAGUGCGAAAAGAGUGUCUCACACAAAGGAAACCUUAAGGAACACAAGAGAAUCCACACUGGAGAGAAACCAUACACAUGCCCUCAGUGUGGAAAGAGUUUUUCACAACUGGACACUUAUAAACAGCAUCAGAGAACUCAUAAUGAAGUGAAAGAUCACGUGUGUUUGGAUUGUGGGAAGAGCUUCACUAAAGUUACCAGUUUGAAACUGCACAAAAUGAUUCGCACUGGAGAAAAACCUCACAAGUGCUCAUAUUGUGACAAGAGUUUCACUCAGACAGGAACCAUGAAAAUACAUGAACGAGUUCACACUGGAGAAAAGCCGAUUACCUGUGAUCAGUGUGGUACAGAUUUUAAAUCAUCAACAUUUCUAAAAGAACACAUGCAUUUUCAUACAAAUGAAAGGCCUUAUGCAUGUUUUUAUUGUGGAAAGAGUUUUGCUCGGCUAAAUCAUUGUAAAGUGCAUCAGAAAAUACACACCGGUGAGAAAGAUCAUGUGUGUUGUGAGUGUGGGAAGAGCUUUACUAGAGCUGAUAAUCUUGAUAAAACUUUACUAGAGCUGAUCAUACUUGAUAAAAUGUAAGUCAUCAGAGUGAGCAACAUUUUCAGGAUUAAACUGUUAAACAAAAUAUAUUCACCCAAAAGCACAACACCAUCUAGUUUCAUUUUGUGAAUUUGAUUUCACAGUCUGAUUAAGGAACUAUAGAAUGAUGCUUGAAGCUUCACCAAGAUAAUAAUUCUUACAGUGUAAAUCAUUUUUAUCUUUCCUACUGGGUAAUCAGUUUGCUAAAUGUGUCAUGCUUUACUGUGUGUUGAUUAGUUCUUGCUUGA